UGUUCAUUUUCAUUUACAUUUUUAAGUGUAUUUUCAUGAGCUUGUUGAUAGUAUUCUCUUAGGAUUUAAAAGUCUGUAUUUCCUCUGCUAUAUAAAUAAUUCCUUUUUUGAUUGGCUUUUAAAUUUUAUUUUAGUAUAAAAACUACUGACCAAAAAUGGUCAAAAUAUAUUCUAGUUGGCCCAGUCUGAAACCUAGAUUGAUAAUUUUAGGGUCUGAGGGUCUUAGCUUUUUGUGCUGGCAGCAUAGUCUAGAUAUUGGGAGCAGAUCAACAUAUAUUUGCCAUAUUUGUGCUGUCCACUUGCACACGCAUCUGUCAGCACUAUUUGGUGAAAAGAAUGUGCUAUCUCCAUUGGAUUGCCUUGACACCUCUGUUAGACAUCAUUAACUGGGUGUAUAUGUGGGUCUGUUUCUGGACUCUCUUUGCUUCAAGUGAUCUGUGUUUAUCUUUUUCCUAAUACCACACUGCCUUGAUGAAUGUCUCUUAACAGUAAGUCUCAAAAUCAGGUCAUGGGAGUCUUCUGACUUUGUUCUUUGAGGAAUGUAAGGUUGAGUUAAUCAAAAAUUUAUGUAAUUCAUCACAGAGUAAAGGAGAGAAAUCAUAUGAUUAUAUGAUUACAUGUAGUAAAUGAAUUUGAAAAAAUUUAAUACCUAUUAAUGAACUCUUCAGGUACUAAGAAUAGAAGGGCUCUUUCUUAAUUUGAUAAAUAGUAUCUUUAAAAAGCUACUGUAAUAUAAUUUCAUAUGGAAGGGUUUCUCCUGAGAUUGAAAAUAUUGGAAAUUUUAACCAGUGGUACUGGUUACAGAAAGAAAGGAAAGAGAAAGAAGGAAAAAGUACAAGGAUUAGAAAGGAAGAAAUAAAACUCCCAUUUCUUAGAGGUGACAUGAAUGCAUAUAUAGAAAAUCCAGAAGAAUUUACAGAUAAACUAUUAGAAUUAAUGUUAGCAAUUAGCUGUAUACAAGAUCAGUAUAAAAUAAUGGAAAUAUAUCUAUAUCCCAUUAAUGAACAAUCAUAAAAUGAAAGUUUAUACUUUGACAUCAUCUAUCGAAGCAUCAUCAAACUCUAAAUACAAGAAUAGCCUGUGCUUCUCCCAGAGCUCCUGAAGCAUUUGUCUUGACCUUACGUAGAGAGUGCUUCUCAUGAAGAUUUCCUGCAGAUGUCUGCAGAACAGGCACAAUAUGAAGCCCUCCCAAGGGUUUUCAGUUAUUUACUCUCCCCAUGGCACACUUUGUUUCAUUUGAGUGGUGGACGUCUCUCUGGGGCUCUCUUCAGCAUCCAGCUUCUUUUGCCCACUCUAUGUUUGUAUUAGAUUGUGGGCAACAUUGCCAUGUUUUUGCUAUCUAAUACUAUCUUACCCUCUGGUCUUCCAGAAUUUGUGCAGAUUUUCCAGCUUCUGCUGGGAUGCAUCCCUGUAUUCUUCCUUUGUCAUACAUUUAUAGUGGGUUUUGUAUUUUAGCUAAGUGUGUUUUUGAAGGCAAGUGAUACAAAUGUGUGUGCUCAGUCUAUUGUCUUGAACUAGAGGAAUCAUUUAUGUUUGCAAUUCUCUCUUUUCUUAAUUUUCAGUUGUCUACUCUCUCUGAUUUCUCUUUCCAUCGUUUAGAAAUUCUUUCUCAGCCUUUAUGUCCUAUUCUUUUUCUGCUUACCUCUUAUUAAUAAAUAUUACUAUUUCCUUGAAUGCCUUACGUGGUACUUUUCUCUCCCCAGUUUCUAUGUCCUUUCUGAGCCAGCUCUUUUUCUGUUAAGACUUCAGUUAUCAUUUUCGUGACUAAUGUCUCCUAGAUUCUUAUUUUCAUUGUAGACCUUCCUUCUCUGUUCCAAAAUCAUGUGACCAAAGGUGGAGGAAGUGGGUAAGUCUGUUAUGUUCCACAAGUAUUUUGAGUACAAAUGAAGAACAUCUGCCUCACUACAACCCUCUGCCCAAUCUCUUACUCUUAUUCAUUUUUCCAGUUUCUAUACGUAUAUGAUAUCAGCACCAACUCAGCUGGUACGUAGCAUCUGUGUAUAUAGCUGCACAAGAAAAUAACGAACACAUUUUGUUUCCUAUAAGGAUUAGCUUCCCUUUCUUUGUUGUUUUUCCUUAAUAUAAAUCAUCUCUUAAUUUGGAUCUUUUGUUUUGCUGUUUAAGUCCGCUAUUCACAUAAAGCAAUGGUUCCUAACUGGAGGUGAUUUUGCUCCCCUGGAGACAUUUGACAAUGUUUGAAGAUAUUUUUAAUUAUCACAACUGGGGAUGCUACUGGCAUCUAAUGGGUAGAAGACAGGGAUACUACUAAACGCCCUAAAAUGCACAGGAUAGUCCAUCACAAAAAUUCAUAAUCUGGUCCACAGUCAGUAGUGCCACGCUAAAGAAACCCUGCUUCUGAAAUAUAAAUCUGGUUGUGUGGAAUACCUCUUGGGCUUACAAGUAUCUCUUCAUUGGUUCCCCAUUACCCCAGCAGAGAUCUCCAGGUUGUGGUGUAUGCACUACAGAGUACUCGGCAUAAUCCAUUGAUGCAUGAGAAAUGUACACAGGCAUUAGUGUCAUUCAAGGACGUGACUGUGGAAUUCACCUCGGAGGAGUGGCAGCAGAUGGGCCCUGCUCAGAGGACCCUGUACAGAGAUGUGAUGCUGGAGAACUACAGCCACCUCGUCUCAGUGGGGUACUGCUUUUCAAAACCAGAACUGAUCUUCACAUUGGAACAAGGAGAAGAUCCAUGGUUAUUAGAGAAAGAGAAAGAAUUUUUAAGCAGGAGCUCCCCAGAAGACUCCCAACCUGAUGAAAUCUCAGAGGAGAGCCCAGAAAACCACAACAAACAUUGGUGGCAAGUUUUAUUCACCAACAAAUCAUUGACUACAGACCAAGAAAUUUCAGAACAACCAUAUAAUCUGGACAUAAACAUUUUUCCUGCAAAAAUCAUGCCCUGUAAAUGUGACACUGCAGGUCACCUGGGUCUCAGCCCAUUGGCCCCACACUGUCAGUAUUCAAAAGAAAAGGCUCACAAGCAUAAUGUGUGUGAGAAAUGGCUCCUCAAUAUUAAAGAUGACAAAAAUAGUAUUCAAAAGAAAUAUUUUGUUUAUGGUAAAAACGUGAAAGCCUUUGGUCAUAAGGAAGAAGUUAUUCAACAUCAGACAAUUCAGACUUUGGGGAAAGCUUUUGAAUAUAAUGAAAGUGGAAACACUUUCCUUGAAAAGGCUGCCCUCCUUACAUCUAAGAGUGUCCACCAAAAAAUGAAAUGUUAUAAAAUCAGUAAAUUUGGGGAAAACCAAUGUGAUAAAUCAACCUUUAUUGUCUCUCAGAGCAUUUGUCCAGAGGAGAAGAGUCAGUACGAGUUUGGUGAAAAUAGAAAUUGUUUCAGUAGGAUAACUCAAGAAACUGACACUGAAGGGAAAUCUUUUAGCCAAAAAGCACACAUUAGAGAACAUCAGAGAAUUCAUGGGGUGAAACCUUUUGAAUAUGGAAAAAAUUUCAGCCAUAAUUCAGCCCUCCCAGUGCAUCAGAGAAUUCACAUAACAAAUAAAUCCUCUGAGUGUAACACAUGUACAGAGACAUUCAGCUACCAGUCAACUUUCAAUGUACAUCACAGAACUCACGUAAGGGCAAAACACUGUGAGUGUAAUAAAUGUGGAAAAUCUUGCUCUGUGAAUUCAUGCUUGAUUCAGCCUCAGAAAAUUCACGCAGGGGAGAAACCCUAUGAAUGUCAUGAAUGUGGAAAAGCUUUCAGUGAGAAAUCACGCCUCAGAAAACAUCAGAGAACUCACACAGGAGAGAAACCAUAUAAAUGUGAUGGAUGUGAGAAAGCUUUCAGUGCAAAGUCAGGACUGAGGAUACAUCAGAGAACCCACACAGGGGAGAAACCCUUUGAAUGUAAUGAAUGUGGGAAAUCUUUCAACUAUAAGUCAAUCCUCAUAGUGCAUCAAAGAACUCACACAGGAGAGAAACCCUUUGAAUGUAAUGAAUGUGGGAAAUCUUUCAGCCAUAUGUCAGGCCUAAGGAAUCAUCGGAGAACUCACACAGGGGAAAGACCUUAUAAAUGUGAUGAAUGUGGGAAAGCUUUCAAACUGAAGUCAGGCCUGAGAAAACAUCAUAGAACACAUACAGGGGAGAAGCCCUACAAAUGCAAUCAGUGUGGAAAAGCUUUCGGUCAGAAAUCACAACUCAGAGGACAUCAUAGAAUUCACACAGGGGAAAAACCCUAUAAAUGUAAUCAUUGUGGGGAAUCUUUCAGUCAGAAAUCAAAUCUCAGAGUACAUCACAGAACUCAUACUGGGGAAAAACCCUAUAAGUGUGAUGAGUGUGGAAAAACUUUCAGGCAGAAGUCAAAUCUCAGAGGACAUCAAAGAACUCACACAGGGGAGAAACCCUAUGAAUGUAAUGAAUGUGGAAAAGCUUUCAGUGAGAAGUCAGUCCUAAGAAAACAUCAGCGAACUCACACAGGGGAGAAACCCUAUAAUUGUAAUCAGUGUGGGGAAGCUUUCAGUCAGAAAUCCAACCUCAGAGUACAUCAGAGAACUCACACAGGGGAGAAACCCUAUAAAUGUGAUAAAUGUGGGAAAACUUUCAGUCAGAAAUCAAGCCUUAGAGAACAUCAGAAAGCCCACCCCAGGGAUUAAACAUAUGCAUGUAAAGAAUAUGAGAAAACUUAAUGGGAAAUUAAACCUCACAAUGUAUUUCAAAAAAGCACACACAGGACAGAAUGUGAAUGUAGUGAAUACUGGAAUUUCUGCUGCACAAUUUCAGCCUUCACAAAACAUCAAAGAACUUAGGAGAGGAAUUCUUGAAAUAUAUUUUAUGAGAGCAGUCUUUCAGCUACAGUGAAAUUCUCAUUGGAUAUCAGAGAAGUCACCCAGCAAAGAAACCUUAUAAAGAUAAUAAAUAUGGGAAAUACUCUGAACUCAAUCCUCAGAAAACUCAAGCUGCAGAAAAGCUCUGAGAAACUAAUAAAAAUGUGAAAAUUUUGUGCUAGCAAUCAAAACUCAUACAUCAUCAGAGAAAUCACAUAAUGAGAAAGCCUAGAAUAUAAGUGUGUGAUAACCUUUAGCCAAAAGCCAACUGUUUCAGUACAGCAGAAAAUACGUAAGAGGAUAGAGACCUUACAGUAUAUUAAAACAGACAAAAAAUGAAGGUAAUGGAUGUAGGAAAUCCUUCUACCUUAAGUCAACCUUCAGUUUGACUUACACAAAAGUAAUCACUGCAUGUCAUGUAAUGAUUAUUAAAAUCUUCAUUAACAACCAUUUCCACUUCUCCCUCAUGCCAUACAUAAUCUAAAUUUCUCAACCACUUUGUCAUCCAAAUGGAGUCAUACUGUUAACCUCUAGCUAGUGGUAUGUGGGGUCAAUGACAGACAAGUCUCAUUAAAUACAUCACUCAAAUUCUCAAUAUUUUCUCUGUCCCUCAUCAGAAUGGAAUGGAGGGAAACCUUGGGGCUCAGGCACUGAUGGAAAAGUACAAGAUGGUAGGAACCAAAGUCAAAGAAGUACUCUGUGGAAUGGAGUUUUCUUCUCCAUGUAUACAGUUGGACUUUGUGCAACUCUGCUGAGCUUGUAAAGAUUUGGGGUAUGUUUGAUACUGACAUAAACUCAGCAGCCGCAUUUAAUAAAACUUAUGGAUAUGAUUUCUGAGGACAUUUGAAUUCAGUGUAUAUCAGAACAGUCACAAAGGAGAAAUCUCUCACAACAUUCCAAAUGACCACAGCCUUUAUCCACAACUCUUCCUCAUCAGUCAGGUAAUAUUAGAGGAAGAAAUCCAACAUUUCAACACAUGUAGGGAAUUCUUUACCAAAAAAUCCCAUGAAAUAUCUGAUAAUUGAGUUUUGAAUGUGUGAAUGUUUUCAACAAAUUAUUAAACUUUAGUAUCAGAGUUUGUUACAAGGGGAAAAUCUAUCAAUUUGAGAAAGGUAAGUAAUAGCCUUUAUCUAGAGAUUGUUAUAUCAAAACUGUUGUUUCAUAUGUAAUGUCAAAGCCUUUAAUGAAGUAUAGCAAUAUAGAUUAAUAGAGAUUCACUAGAAUAAAAAGCUUAAAAGGAACAAGAAAUAAAUUGCAUAAACUAAAUAGCUGCAUCAAAAGUAUAUGACUGUUUUCUGAGUUCUCUAUUGUUUAUGUGAUUAUGUGUAUAUGCAUGCCACUUACCAGAUAUUUGUUUUAUAUUAAUAUGUGUGUUGGAACUCAAACUCACUAUAAUAGAAUUAUAUUCCCCUUGUUUAAUAACUAUUUUGACAUCAGUUACGA